AUGGAUAGAAGAAGGAUUGAUAGGAAAAAGACUUGUCCUUUGCUGCUUAGAGUAUUUUGAAAAGAAGAGCAGGAAAUUAGCCCUGAAAGCUUAAAAAAUAGAGGCAACGAAUUAUAAUAAUUUAAAAUAAAUUUCAAUGAUAAUUAAAAUAUAAAAAUACUAUUCUUAUUAGUAAAUAAGCUUGAACUAUUAAGAAAAUGGUAAUAAUAUUACAAAGAAGAGAAUAGAGCAAGAUGAAGUAAGAUUAUAUACGUGAAAAGAUGCAACUUUUAGAGAAAUUGCGGAUAUGUUAAAGGAACAUAUUCCAGGAACAAGAAGAAAAAAUGCGGAGCUGAAUUUUUAUUUUAUUAGACCUAAUUUAGAAGGAGGGUUAGAGCGCAAAGAUAUAGGAACAGUAAAUACAAUUAAAAGGGGAGAGGUAGAUUUUAUGACUUUAAACCAGCUGAGGUUUGUAACUGGAGACUAUUUGGGAUUGACGAUAAAAUAUACCUGAAAUAAUUUGAAAGAUUUGUAUUCUGUUUAG